AUGUUCAAGAAGCCUUUGGGCAAUCUGAAAACAUCAGCUCCUUUGCGCAGUUCAGACAGACGGAAACUCAAACAACGAGUGGUCCAGUCCUUUUCCCUAUCGGCAGAAGAAGGCGAUGUUCUUGUACCAGACGGUUUGCUUUCCGUGAAGUUCAACACAUAUUCGGAUGAUCCUGGAGUCGCAUAUCUCGCACCAGGCGGAGACCCCUUGUGGUUUACGAUCGGCAAGGGUUCAGAUGACUUGAUUCCAACUGUUUAUACAUUAUGGAAGAAGCCCGAUUUACUUCCGUUCCUCUCGACACCAUCUGCAGUCAUACCGAAACUUAUAGGAGGCGCAGAUCUAAUGAUACCUGGAGUCAUCCAGCAUACUCCUUCGAUAAAGGAGAGCCAUCUUGUAAGCGUCACAGAGUAUACUCGGGACAAACUCGGUCCGCCACUUGCUGUCGGAAGGAUGGCGGCACAUAGUGAUAUCAUGGGACGAGAAGACGCGAAGGGAAAAGCAGUCUAUGUUAUGCAUGCAUGGAAAGAUCAUCUAUGGGAUAUGGGUUCUAAAGGCGAGCCCCCUGAUCCGGUUUCUGCUAGUAACUCUAAGCAGGCGGACGCGCCCCACGAAAGUGUGGCAGAUGAUAACGGAAGCCAAAGGGAUGCCGAGCAUAAACUGCUCGUUGAAGGCCAGACUGACACGCCGGCAAGUCCUUCCGGCGAAGUGACAUCAGAAGUCAGAAAUCAUACUUUAUCACGAGAAGAAGUUACCACUAUUCUAAGAAAAUCAGUUCUUCAAGCUAUACAGAAGCUGCUCUCUGAGCUUCCUGCAUCUUCUUUCCCAUUAUCGGCUACCGUAUUUUACUCUACGUACAUCCUUCCAUCGCGACCUGCGUUCAUCUCUGAACAUGUUCUGACUACUCCGAUCGAUAUCAAGCAUUCAACACAUAAAUCUCUCACCACUUUCCUCAAAGUAUGCGAGAAGGAAGGGCUUAUAAAGCUGAAAGAUAUGAAAUCGGAAGUUCUCGUUAUGGGCGUAUUUCCAACGCACGAUGAUGUCGAGGCUCACCGACCAUACACCAGCCUAAAGGACCUGGAGCUGAAGAGAGAGAAACAGGACGGAAAGGUGGAGGAGGAGCGUAAAAAGGUUAAAGAAAUGAUUAUUGUUGAGAAAUGGAAACCUCAUCAGCAGUCGCUGAAGUUUUUCCAAGGAGUAGGACUCAACAUUUCUCUAUUAUACACUCUUCCCGACAUCAAGUCUGCCAUCAAUAAACAUGCUGCAGAUGCCAGUCUCAUUAAACAAAAUGACCAGCAACUCAUACGUCUCGACGAGCUUCUCAAUUCCGUUCUAUCUUCAAAAUCAGACGAACUUCCACAGUUUAUGAAGCGAGAAGAGUUGGUUAAGAGACUCUCAGACAAAAUGCAAAGCUGGUACGAAAUCACAGCUGACGGGAAAGAUCCUGUCCUAAAGAAAGGCCAGCUCAAGUCCAUCUUAGUCGUGGUGAAAAUGAGACAAGGACGUAAAGCGUCCACUCUGAUUACCAACUUUGAACCCUACUUUCUCGUAGCAGAGAGUCUCGCCGACGAGCUACGACAUAUAUGCGCAUCUGCAACUUCGGUGUCUCCCGCUCUUGGAAAGGGAUCGGGAAUGGAAGUCUUUGUGCAGGGGAAGCAGAUCAAAGCUGUGACCGAACUGCUUGUAUCGCGAGGAAUACCGAAGAAAUGGAUAGAGGCGAUGGAUUUAUCAGACAAGAAGAAGUAA